CUCUCGCACUAUCAACAAUACUCGUAAACAGACGGUUGUUCUUCGCUUAUAGAGUAGAUUUUUUUAAUGUAUUACACUUUCUUACUUUUUUUCUUAUCAUCGUUUGUCGUCGAGUCGUCUGACGGCGGUUGUGACUCCUCUUUUUGCGUUUCUAUUGGGGACUCUGCGUUGUCAGACAUCUUCAUGUGACUACUUUAGGUUACUCCAUGGUUCCCGCCCACCUGAGCUAGCAAAGCGAUUCGCGGUGAACAGUAGCUGCUAUUGGUUCACGGUAACGUCAAUCAACUAUACGAGUAAUUCUAUUGGUCAAUACUCUUCCGUGAAGGGCUGUUGAAGUUGUGCGUGCUCCUAGCUACAUGCUAGAGUAGUUGUUUUUCAUUUUGACACAUAUUUCUUGAUAACGAGGCGUCACCUGGGACGUUGUACUUUAACCUGACAGUUGAACUCUUCACAGUCCUGUUGAACCGGUCACCCACUCUCUCUCUCCUCCUCACAAUCGGACCAUUCAGACAACAUGGCACGGGUAGGCCGGCUCUCCACCAAGGAUUCAGUGCUGUUGCUGUGUGACAUGCAAGAGAAGUUCAGACCCAACAUCUUCCAGUUCACCAACAUCGUCAGCAAUGCGUCCAGAUUGCUCCAGGCCAGUCGCAUUCUGGGCAUCCCCUCCAUUUUGACAGAGCAGUACCCUAAAGGCUUGGGUCCCACAGUACCUGAGCUGGGAGCAGAAGACCUGACCGCUCAUGCUAAAACUUCCUUCACCAUGAUGAUAGAGGCGGUGGAGGCGGAGUUGCAGGCCCUGGGGAACCCCAAGCAGGCCAUACUGUGUGGAAUAGAGGCACACGCCUGUAUUGCAUGCACAACAUAUGACCUGCUUGAAAAGGGAAUAGAGGUUCAUAUUGUGGCUGAUGCUGUCUCAGCCAGAAGCCAGACGGACCGUUUGUUUGCUCUGUCUCGACUGAAGCAGAGCGGCGCUUACCUCACCACCACAGAGGCUGUUCUGCUGCAGCUGGUUCAAGAUGCCAGACACCCCAACUUCAAGGAGAUCCAGAAGCUUUUGACCCACCCGUCCCCCGACACCGGCCUCCUCUCCUUCUUCAGCGCUCUGUAGGCAGAUCAUCACCACCUGUCAUUCUUUCCCAGAUAUACUGUACAGAAUUUCACUGCUUCAAUAAAGUGACGCUGCUAUAAAUCUGUACUGUUUCUGU